AUGGAGACAAAGUCAGGCUGCCAACUUAAAGAUGGAAGCCACAUCUCCAAAUUUCCAUCCGUCCCCAAUUCCCAGUGUGAACUUAAUAUGCAUAUUUAUGAGACCAUCAGUGAGGGAAACGUCAAUAACAUGGACAAUUCGACAAUGGUGCGCGGAGGCAGCGACCCUAGCGCCUAUCCUCCCUCGAACUACCCGAGGGGCGCAAGACAGAGAUUUAUUCGGAGAAGUUUGUGGUUCGCGGACAAUGACGAACAAGUCUACGAGGCGCCCGAGUGUGACAACCAGAGUAAACUCCUCAACAUCAACCUGAGGACGAUAGUGGACCGAGCUCGAGGUGCCCGCUCAGGUUUACAAGAAGGAUCCAGCACCGAAAGCCAAACCGGGCAGAAAGACAGUGCAACAGAGAGCGCUAGCGCCGACGAAGACAGAGAAAGACUCGCCUCUAAACUGAAUGCUGAUUGCAGUGAUGGUGCCAGUAUCACCGAGAAAACAGCAAACGACGAAAACGAGGAGGAAGCCGAAAUGAAAGCGGUAGCCACCUCUCCCGGUGGUCGUUUUCUCAAGUUUGACAUCGAACUCGGCAGAGGCUCGUUCAAAACUGUGUACAAGGGUCUGGACACGGACACUUGGGUUGAAGUGGCUUGGUGCGAACUGCAGGACCGGAAGCUGACGAGAGCGGAGAGACAGCGUUUUAAGGAAGAGGCGGAGAUGUUGAAAGGUCUUCAGCAUCCCAAUAUUGUGCGGUUCUAUGACUUCUGGGAGUCACCAGUCAAAGGAAAGAAAUGCAUCGUUUUGGUAACAGAGCUGAUGACAUCAGGCACACUGAAAACGUACCUGAAGCGGUUUAAGGUGAUGAAGCCAAAGGUGCUGCGCAGUUGGUGCAGACAGAUCCUAAAAGGCCUGCACUUCCUACACACGCGGACUCCGCCCAUCAUUCACCGCGACCUCAAAUGCGACAACAUCUUCAUCACGGGCCCGACGGGCAGCGUCAAGAUCGGAGACCUGGGUCUGGCCACGCUCAAGAGAGCCUCCUUUGCCAAGAGUGUCAUCGGAACGCCGGAGUUCAUGGCUCCUGAGAUGUAUGAAGAACACUAUGAUGAGUCAGUGGACGUCUAUGCCUUUGGCAUGUGCAUGCUGGAGAUGGCCACAUCUGAGUACCCGUACUCUGAGUGUCAGAACGCCGCCCAGAUCUACCGCAAAGUCACCAGCGGGGUGAAGCCUGCCAGCUAUAACAAGGUCACGGAUCCGGAGGUGAAGGAGAUCAUAGGCGAGUGUAUCUGCCAGAACAAGGAGGAGCGGUACUCCAUAAAGGACCUGCUGAAUCACGCCUUCUUUGCUGAGGAUACGGGUGUGAGGGUGGAGCUGGCGGAGGAAGACGAUGGACGGAAGACCUCCAUCGCCUUGAAACUGUGGGUGGAGGACCCGCGACGUCUUAAAGGCAAAUACAAAGAUGGAGGAGCCAUUGAGUUCACCUUUGACCUGGAGAAGGAGGUGCCUGAAGGAGUGGCCCAGGAGAUGGUGGAGUCAGGAUUUUUCCAUGAGAGUGAUGCAAAGAUAGUGGGGAAGUCUAUAAGAGACAGAGUGGCACUGAUUAAGUGGCGCAGGGAGAGGAUAGCAUCAGCGGGUGGGCAGGGUGGCAGUGACACGUGUGCCCAGGUGCCCGUGCCCGUGGCCACUCUGUGUGAGCCGCCCACUCCAGCCGAACCUGAGGAACCUGAGGCUGACCAGCAUGCCCACCUGAGCCACCUGACCACCAGUGCAACCUCCGCUACCUCUGACAGUGGCAUUGGUUUGACUGUGUACUCAGACUCACACAGCAGUAGUCUGCACAAUGUCAUCUACCAGCCUCUACAGGAGCCUGUCUCCAUGGCAACCCAGCAGCAUCAUGCCAAUGGCUUAUUUUUGAGGCCAGUUGACUACCAAAGGGAGGCGGGGUUUAAUACAGGUGGUCGUCGUGGAAGCACCUCUGUGAUUGACAUGCUCAGAGACCAGACAAAUCUUCACGCCUUCCUUCGCCCCAGCAGCCCUGUGUCUCCCAACUCACCCCAGUCAGAAUCUCCAAGAGUGGAGGGAGGGGGCACCUCGCCCACGCGGAGUUUUCUGUUGAGUGUCCCUCUGUCGCCACUGGAGGGUCGUCGUCAUAGUGAUUCACUCGUGCUAGAAUCCUCCGAUACAGACAGGGAGGACACAAUACCAGUUGAAGCUCUUGGACGCCGUCACUCUCUUCUAAGCCCCACCCAUCACAGGCCACGUCCCUUGUGCAAGGCCUGCCUUUCACUGCUGCUACUGAGGUCACUAACUGAAGCUCCUCCCCUCUCUCAUCUUCCCCUCCCACCGCACUGUGGGUGUACUGUCACACCUCCCUCUCUGAUUGGCCAGUCAUCAGUAGGUGGUGGACACAAGUGUACACUUGGCGACAGCUCUGACCUAUCAGAGCUCAACAAAUCGCUGCAAAACAUCAUUGGCCACAAACACACGCCUCCCCCUGCCUUCCUCAGGGCACCGUCAAACCUACCUGAGGGGGGGUGUUACCGGCCAGCCCGUAGCCAUGGUGACAUGAGGGAGAUGGAAGAAGCCCUGGGCAAUGAGAUGUUUAAGCCCUCCCCACUGCGCAGGGCGAGUGUGUGUGUGAGUGAACACACACUCUGUAACAGGUCUAAUACGGUGGGUCUUCAGAGCCAGCCGGCGUCUGCGGUUGGGCUGCAGCAGAUGUACCAGCCGGCCCAGAGCUACCCAACUGCAGCUGCUCCCUUACAGCUUGGCUCCAACUACGCGGCCGCAGCAUCUACCCAGCAGAGCCACCCAUCUGCGCCGCCUCUGAGUCAGCCUGCUAACUCACAGCAGCAGGCAGUACCUGCGUCCAGCUUCUCCAGUACACCUGCGGGUGUGCCGCCUGCACUGACUGUGCAGAGUUAUCCCCUUGUGCAGCCGACCCAGACGUUCUCCACUUCUGUAGCCGUGUCUGCACAACAGCUCGCUCCAGUAAACGGCUUGACUUCUGUUCCUGUGCAGCAGACUGGAACUGUUCCCAAUUACCCGUCUGCCUCUGCCCCGGCUGCACAGCGCACCGCGUCUACGCAGCCGGGCACAGCUGUGCCAGACUAUUCAGCAGCAGCUGCGAGUGUGCAAAGCCUGCCUGCAUCACAGAGCAGUGCGUCACCUGCUCUUGAGCAGCAUGUGGCAGCCACGCUGAGUUAUCCUACAGAAAACACUCAAGCUCAGGCCAACACACAGCACUUUCCAGCCGCCAGCAUACAGACAGAGACUGCAGCAGCCAUGCCGCUGAUUACACAGGUAACCCCCCAGCCAGCUGCACACCAGAUUGCAGCUGCAGCCGCAGACACGGCUGGCCCAGGUUUGACGUCUGCCUCUGUGACUGUGCAGCAGGCAGCACAUGCACAAAGCGUUGUUCCUCUGUCUGAAUCAGCUGCAGGCCUGUCGGCAAGUACGUCAGACUUCCCAGCUGUGCAGCGGACUGGGCUGCCCGGAACCAGCCCCAUGUACCCUAGUCAGGCAGCCGGGACCAUGUCUGUCCCACAGGGAGUUUCUAACGUGCAGACCCAAAGUCUGGUUCUUGGUGUGAGCACAGGUCUGGUCAGCUCCACCCCAGACGUGGCUCUAGUCCACUGCCCCCAGUCUACAGUCAUCUCCGUCCAAACCAUCACCAGUACAACCCAAAGCAGCAUACCGGACCCUUCGACCCAAACACAAACCUCACCUUCGCCACAGCCUUCGGUUCUGGUCCCAUCAGCAGCAACCAUGGUCCACGACCCGUCCUUGAGAAAAGUUCCAGACUCAGUUAGUGUGCCGGUCCAGGUGGAUCCGAACCAGAACCAGAACCUGAGCCAGGACCAAACCACAGCCUCCGUGCCCACAGCUUCUCACGCAGGGGCUAGUGGAAGUGCCAGCGCUAGCAUGAGUCAGCAGACCCCAGUGAGUGGCACUGUGACACAGCCCUGCAGCAGUGUGACUGGACCGAGCCUUCCACCCCCUGAUACAUAUGCAGAGGACUCUGCUCCAGAUAAACAGACAACAGCUUAUGACAGUGUUAACUCUGAUGCUACAUCUGGUAAAGAGAUGAGUGAUGGAAACGAGGGAACACACGGAGGGAGGAGUGAGUCCAGGGUCAGGAAGCACCACCGCAAGUCCUCACGCACACGCUCACGUCAGGAGAAGACCAGCAAACCCAAACUGAGCAUGCUCAAUGUGAGUAAUACAGGAGAUAAGAUGGUGGAGUGUCAGUUGGAGACUCACAAUCAUAAGAUGGUGACCUUCAAAUUUGACCUGGAUGGAGAUGCACCAGAGGAGAUCGCUACCUACAUGGUGGAGAAUGAUUUUAUCUUGCUGCUGGAGCGGGAGGUGUUUAUUGAGCAGUUGAAGGAUAUCGUGGAUAAGGCGGAGGAGAUCCUGAAUGAGGAGACUGAGGGGGUGAGGAGCAGUGAGCAGAGCUCCAGUCCUCCUCACGCCCACUGCAGCCCCAGGGCCCCAGGUUCACAGGGAACAAAACCUCUCCAGUCCCACUCCAACCAGCUGGUCUACCAACAGAAUGUGCUGCACACUGGGAAGCGCUGGUUCAUUGUCUGUCCUGUAGCAGAGACACCCACACAUAACAGAGAGGGCGACUCAGCAGGCAAAGACCAGGAAAAGAGUCCUGCAGCCCAGUCUCAGGAUGUCGGAGCUGAAACUCAGCAGAAACAUUCUGCCAUAGUUAAACCUGCCCGCGGUGCCCAGGACACGGCCCAGUCAGCAGAAAACCCUCCCCCACCACAGCAGACUGCACCGUCCAUGGUCUCUGACAUUCCGUGCUGCCCUAUAGGACCUCCAGUCUCCCUCAAGAAAGGGGCGUCGACCUCACAGCAGCCGGCCAAUCACGAUGCCAGUCCCAAUGUAGAUCCACAACCAGGCCAAAGUAAGCAGCCAGUCGUGUUGCAGCAGCCUUUUGCCAAGCCCAUCCCUCCAGUCUCAGUCGGCACGGCAACGAAGGCACAGUCAGAGCCACAAAGCCCCACCCACCACUCACAACAAGCCCUGCCCGCGACAACAGGCCCAACCCCCUCGCAGGCAGCACAAGCAGGGCUGACUGAGUCAGAUGGGGAGGGGCCUCCCAGAUUGGAGUUCACUGAUAGGACAAUAAAGACGUUGGAUGAGAAGCUCCGAAACCUUCUGUAUCAGGAAUAUAACCCCUCCCAAACCACCAGCUCUGCCUCCGACCCAUCAGGAUCCCCCCCGGUGUCAGACAGCCAGGGUAUUGACACCACGCUGAAGAGAGGAGACAUACUGCCACAGAUACCGGAGCGGACAGACAGCAUUGGAAUCCUGAGUGACCCUGCAGUUGUCUCAGCCUCUGACAGACCUCAGGACAGACCUCAGGACAGACCUAAGGACAGUCAGGGUGUGGCAGCCAAGGGCCGUUUCCAGAUUGUGCCAACACCUCCUGAAGUUGUCCAGCGGCUGGAGCGAAGCAGGAGGAGUCACAGCUCCUGCGGUUCCCCUGGCCCUACCCACUCAGAGGGUGGGGCCAACCACAUUACAGAGCAGGAAGGCGGGGUUUCUAUGACAGCUACCGAGAAGGAGGGUGGAUCUCCUAAAUCUCAUAGCAAUCGCUACUCUGCCCCUCCCAACUUUUAUCAGGAUACACCCACUUCCAGUCCAGAGGGGUCGCCCACAAUGCCUCGUGCUCAGACUUCCCUUUCGGUUGAUGUGGCAACUCAACAUGGAUUCCGUCUCUCCUCUGAAUCUGCCGAAGAGGACAGUGGUUAUGUCCCACCCCAAAAGGCCACGCCCUCUGCCCACACCCAAUCAGAGCACAGCGGGAGUGACCUUGUGAAGAGGGCGGUGGCUUUCCUACGCCGUCCGGGCCGCAGCACCAGUUCUGAUUCGCCUAGCCAUCCACCUGUUGUUAAUGGCCACACCCCCAGUGCUGCAAACCAUACCCCCUCUGCAUAUGUAAGCAGCGACAAUGACUCAGAGUUUGAGGAUGCUGACAUGAAGAAAGAGCUGCAGAGACUUAGAGAGAAACACAUCAGGGAGAUUUCAGAGCUGCAGGCUCAUCAGAGAGGGGAGAUAGAGCAGCUGUAUGCUCGGCUGGGCAGGCCAGUCCCUCCCAGCGUGGGCUUCCUCCAUGCAGCGCCCCCUACAGGCCGACGCCGCAGGGCCUCCAAACACAAAGUCAAAGCAGGAAAACUCCUCAACCCCAUGGUUCAGCAGCUCAAACACAAUCGCAAUAACAUGGCCGGUCAGUGUGGGUGUGAGACGUGUUCCAGUUCGGCCAGUUCUCCUGCUCGGAGCUCAGUUUUGGCUGUGAACAGUUCUGUUGGAUCUAGCACUGCUACGCUCCAGAGUCCAGUCUCAGAACCACUGCAUUCAGUCCAAACCCAACAGCCAUGUUCCCUCAAAGGCUCUCUGUCGUCAGACAACAUCUAUGGCACAGCCAUACACACAUCACCUGGGCAAGGCUGGACGGUUUACCACCAAACAUCAGAGAGAGUCACCUUUAAAUCUAGUAGCAAACCGCGCACUAGAUUCCUCAGUGGACCUGUGUCUCUAUCCAUCUGGUCAACACUGAAACGACUAUGUCUAGGCAAAGAGCGCAGUAGUAGGUCUUCCCACAGCACUGCAGCAGCCCCUGCCAACGCAGUAUCCAGUGAACAACCGGCUCCGCCUCCUGUUACCAUGCCUGCCUCCACCACUCAGCCAAUCACAGCUCUGGCUCACGCACAGGCCAACAACAGCAACAAUAAAAAAGGCACAUUCACAGAUGACCUGCACAAGCUGGUAGAUGAUUGGACGAAAGAGACACUAGCUGCUGCGCCCCAGCCCCGCCCCUCACUCAAUCAGAUUAAAGAGCAGCGGCGACAUAUGGACCUGCAGGCCACUGUCAUGCCUAUGGUCGGAGUCACGCAUCAGGUCAGGUGCACAGUACCUCAGACAUUCCAUCUGCCUCUGUCCUGUCCGCUCUCAGUGGCCUGUGGUCCCCCGCCCAUGCCCCCCAGUGUGAGCUCCACACCCUCCCCGGUUCUGCCCCCAGGGUACCUGGUGCCUGCGGGCCCAUUUGGAGGGGUGAUACCUGGGCCAGCAUAUGCAUCCCAGUGGCCUGGCUUAACAAGUCCAGUGGGUGCUAUGGGACCUGUGGGGGUCCUAGGACCGGCAGGCAUGCUGCCGUACCCUACCAUGGCAAACCCAGUGCUGCAGCCAUUUCCACUGGCACUCGGUAACCCAGAGAACCCCAUGUGCCCCAAAAAUGCCAGGACUGCCUAACAGUCUAAGCGCCCAAGCCAACCUUACCUGCCCCCUGCCGACAAGCCCAAAGAAACUCUACCUUCAUUUGUUCUAACAGUUCAGUCCCCCCUCUCAUCACUGGUAGUUGGCAAUCCAAAACCAACAUCUGCACCUCUUGCUCCAAACUGGCUUUCGGUGUUUGCCUCUUAUUUGCCUUCCCCCUGCCUGCACCAAGCCCCUCCCCCCUUGUCACAACUCACAAGUGGCAACCAGCGACUCCAAGUGAAAAGCUUCUACCAUUCGCCAAUCCGUUACACUAACUUAUAUUUUAACUACAGUUCCCAUUGUCCCUAUGUGUAUCGGUCCUGUGUUGAUGUCAGCGAUGUUCUGCUUCAUUUGCAGAAACACUUUGUGUGUAUAGACUGUGAGCCUGUAAAUAUCCUUAGUGUGAGUGUGUAUAUGUAAGAGAGAGAGUGAGUGAAUAUGUGGAAACGUGUGUAUGUGUAAG